AUGUCCCUAUCAAGAACGGUCACGUGCGAUUUAGAAGCAGAAGCGUCAGAGGGGUUUUUUUUCCCAAAGGAAGCAACGGGGUGUAUUAAGGAGAACUUUCUGUCGAGGCCACCAAGUGGUCCUCACUCCUUUUAUACCAACCUGAUUGGUAUGGGAGGAGGAGGAGGAGGAGGAGGAGGAGGAGGAGGAGGAGGAGGAAGAGGAGGAGGAGGAGGAAUGUUGUGGAAAUAUCAUGAAAGUUGUUUAGAUUCAUAUGAAAUUAUUUAUUUUUAUGGAUUUACAAAAAAUCCAGAUACUUUGAAAUAUAUGGCGGUAAUGGAUUAUGCAAACAAAGGUAAUUUAAGAGGAAACUUAACAAGAAUAGUUGAAAGUGGUUGGGAUCAAAAAUUAUGCAUGUUGUAUGAAAUUAUUUCUGGACUUAAAAAUAUACAUAAUCAAAAUCUUAUCCAUCAUGAUUUUCAUGAUGGCAAUAUUUUAAAUCAUGAUGAGAGUAAAAUUUUUAUUAGUGAUUUAGGAUUAUGUCAACCUGUAAAAUCAUUAUUGGAAGAACAUAAUAUUUAUGGUGUUGUACCAUUUAUGGCACCUGAAGUAUUAAGAGGCAAACCUUAUACUCCAGCUAGUGAUAUAUAUAGUUUUUCUAUGAUUAUGUGGGAAUUUACAUCUGGAAUACCACCAUUUAAUAAUAGAGCACAUGAUAUUCAACUUAGUUUAAGUAUUUGUGAAGGUGAACGUCCUGAAAUUAUUGAAAAUACUCCACAAUGCUAUGUUGAUUUGAUGAAAAAAUGUUGGGAUGAAGAUCCAUUAAAAAGACCAUCUUCUAAGGAAGUUUUAGAAAUUAUUCUUGAAUGGACUUCUCUUCCUCGUGGUAAAAAAAUUGAAGAUAUUAAUGAAGAAUUAAAAUGCAAUAUUAUGGAAUUUAUAAAUGCACCAAUUGGGCAUAACAAUCUUGCUACUGAAUCUCACUCACAGGCUUGCUAUACAAGUCGCUUACUUAAUUUUACUAGUAAACAAUUGAAUGAAAUUCUUGAAAGUAAAAAUUCACAAACUACUGUACAAGUGAGUGAAAUGCUAGUAAGCGAAGACUUGAAUGAAUGUAUGCUGAAAUUAGGUAUGUAA